AUGAACACCUCCAACACUCAAACCGAAACCGUAGACCCUGCUGGUCAGGGCUCUAACACCAAGCCACUUGGGACUCCUGAUCAGUCACAAGCGCAAACCCUGGGUAGCGAUACGCUUCCACCACCGAAGCAGGACCUCGGCGAAGCAGAGAGGGAGGAACUGCGCAGCUCCGUAGAGGUUCUCGCUGAUCUAGACAAAGACGAUGCGGGUAAUCACAAGCCGCACUUCGAACGUGAUGUUUUCGAAGACGCCAACUUCAAGAACGGUGACGAUUUACUGGAUCGAUAUCGUACAGAGCUUGUGGACUUGUUAAAAAGUGACGCGGAACAGCGGACUAAAGCCUACGACGUACUCAACAGAGCGAUACACCUCAACGGAGCCUGCGUCUAUAUACCUGUUCGAAAUCAGGUGGUCCAGUGGGCGCGAGAUGGGUACCAAGGAGACUGUCCUAUUCAGUACUUCAAUGCAGAUGGUAGCAUACGGGACAGAAUGACAGCGGAGGAUCCUGCAUUUAUCAAACGAUCGCAGGACGAUCGGAGGGCAGAGAAACAGAACCGGCGGGGUUCCGACAUCUCUAUGGGAGAAGCUGAUAGUGGCAUAAGCGAGAGCGACUUCCCGACCGACAUGGCGUAUAUUCGCGAACGCUGGAACCGAGCUACGGAACCACUGCAAAAGAUGCUAGACAAGCCUUCGACUGCCGGAGUGCGGGGCGGCGACCUGUGGAAACUGCUGGAAAGCCUGAACAAGGAGAUCUCUGAGAAGCAGGCGGAAGAGAAGAAAACGUUGGAUCUCUCGAUUCCGUUCCUUACUAUCAUGGAAACGAUGAAAAUGGCCGUCGAGCACCUCGUCCCAUUCAUAAUGAAAGGUCGCGCGGAAUGUGAACAAGAGUGGGGAACAUACAAGGAAGAUGGCUGGGAAAUGCAUAGACUGCAAUGCGAGCAAAAACAACAGCCAGCAGAAUGGUUCGAAAGCGUCAAACAGGCUAUCACGCAGAAGUGUGAGAUCCUUCUCAAUGCUGGGGACAAAGACCCCAGUAACAUGCCAGAACUAUGGCCGACGGUUUUCAAAGAGUAUUCACAGCAGAACUCUGAACAGACGAGGGACUCAGCUUCCAAUCAAGAACCCGUAGAGUCCGAAGGUACGAAAUCGGAGCAUCAGGGUAGCGACAAGAACGAGGGCUCAGAUACUCCCUCCAACUCCACGAAACGUACACGUGUUCAUCGCGUCAAGCUCAAACCAAAUCACGUCAACUACAAUGGCAGUGAGCGAGAAAUUGGGGCCGUCCGAGAUUGUGGCCGUACCGUUCGAGGAGUACGAGUUCCGCUCUGGCAAGUUCUAGUACAGGUCAGCGAAGACGAUGCUCCUUUUCGGAUCUGGCAUAUUGUCCCUUCGUACAAAUUGGCGCCAGGGGUCGUCGAGCGCUACCGGAACCGCGGGCACGGUCGCGUCCUCGGCGAAAUGCAAGGCAAACCGGGUGACAUCGAUGCCACCAGUAUUGAUAAUUUCAACUGGGGGGGUCUUGCGUUCAUGCCUCGUGAGACUGAAUACCGAGCACCGAUCCAGUAUGUCCUAGGGAGUAUUGGAAAAGAAGAGGACUUCGACAAGGACUGCAAGUUUUGGACCCGCAGCUUACUAGGCAAGGUCUUUCGACAGAAGUUCGUAGAUGACGAGAUUGCGAAAUUCGUCAAGAUGUCCUCUUGCCAACCGCCGCCUCAGCCCUGGGGGAGACAAGCGAUAAGCGGGAACGGCUUCAGUGGUACCAGAUACGGUAACUCUGGAGAAGAUCUCACGGGUGCCAGCGACGUGGAGCUCGAUGAGAACGAUGGAGUUUACGAGAAUGAGGAUGAGGACGACUUUAUUGCGCCUGAUAGUGACAGCGCAAGGAGUGACCGCGCAAAGAGCUUCAAGGCCAGACCUAAGCAGUCAGAGCCGAAGAGAUCAGAGCCGAAGAGAUCAGAACCGAAGAGAUCAGAGCCGAAGAGAUCAGAGCCGAAGAGAUCAGAGCCAGGUAUCGCAGAUGUAUUGGCAGCAAUAGCACAGAUGACGGAGAGGACGGCUAGCUACUAUGCGACAUUAUCGACAUACUUCUUAACAGUAACAGAGGCUCUCGCACUUCUAUCUACCUCCGAAUCCGCAGAUACAACCUUACCGGCACGGUGUUUCCUAUAG